AUGGGAAAAUUUCCAUUAGGUGUUGCUAAUGGGUCUCUAAAAGGAGAAGAUCUGAAUGAGAAUGGAACAUGCAAAAGCAAACAUCAACUUGGUGAUAUAUGGCGAGAAAUCCAGGGGGCAAACAAUUGGAAGGGCAUGCUUAAUCCCAUUCACCCGCUUCUCAAAGCAGAGAUUCUCAGAUAUGGUGAUUUUGCACAGCAGUGCUACGAUGCAUUUGAUAAUACUCGGUCUUCCAAAUAUUAUAGAAAUUGCAAGCGCACCAAAAGCUCACUCGGGAAGAGAUUGGAAUUAGUAAAAUGUGGACGUGAUUAUCAAGUCACCGAAUACAUAUAUGCCAAUACUGGAACCCUCAAUUCCUAUUUCCAGGAGAAAGCAAGGGAUAGCGGUGCUUGGAUGGGUUUCAUUGCUGUUUCCACAGAUCCAGAUGAGAUAAAAAGAUUGGGUAGGCGUGAUAUAGUUGUUGCAUGGAGAGGCACCGAAACACCACAAGAAUGGAUUCAAAAUCUAAGAGAUAUAUUAGUUCCUGCUACUCUGUCGAUUACUGGAGAAUCCAACACCCAAGAUACAUUCAAACCCGAUGUUCGGAUAGAGAAGGGGUUUUUGAAGUAUUAUACAUCAGUAAAUAAAGGCUCCAGGCUCAGCGCAAGAGAGAUUGUUGUGAAUGAAAUAAGGAGGUUAUUGAAUAAUUUCAAAGAUGAAGAUGUGAGUAUAACAUUCACUGGACACAGCUUGGGAGCUGCACUGGCAACCAUAAGUGCAUACGACAUAAAAAAGAUGGUGAUGAAUGAAAAUUACAUGAGGUCAAUACCUGUCACAGUCUUUGCCUUUGCCUCUCCACGAGUAGGUAACUUAUCAUUUUCCCAACACGUUGAGGAGAUUGGAGUUAAAGUGUUGCGCCUGGUAAACAGAAAAGAUUUGAUUCCUAAAGUUCCUGGAGUCUUUGUGAAUGAGAAAAUGGGUUGGCUCACCAGAAUUCUGUAUUGGCUUCCAUGGGCAUAUGUUCAUGUGGGAAUCGAGAUUAAUUUAGACAGCAGCAACUCAACAGUGCUGAAACAAACUUAUAAUCCAGUGGGUUUCCACAAUUUAGAGGUUUAUCUCCACUUGGUCAAUGGGCUUCAAGAGAAUAGCGAGCUGCCUUUUACAUCAUCAGGAAGAGAUCCAGCCCUUGUCAACAAGAAUUCUGAUUUAUUGGUUACAAAGCUUCAAAUCCCUUCUUACUGGUGGACGCGGAGAAAUAAAGAAGUGGCGAAACGCAUAGAUGGAAUGCUGGUAUACUCUCCGAGACCGGCCACUUCUGUUCCCCUUCCUCAGUCCUCAACCCCGGUCAUCUCUAAUUUAGUAAGUUUAUUACAGGUGGUUCUUGUUCUUUCUGUAGUUAUAAUUCUCUUCCAAAUUGGACGUACAAUCUAG